CAGCAGUCGUGCUUUCAUUCAUCCCCCUUCUUCAUGUCUACUUGUCCACCAGAAACAAUGGCAGAUAUGCGUGUAAGGGCCUCGAUCCAAGCCACUGUGGCGUUGGGACAAAAGCUUGCUAGCCUCUUGCAGACGCUUAUCGAGCUAAAUCCCAGUAGUCAGAGUGACCUGAAGGACGUGCAUUACGACGUCGAGGCCACGUCUGGUACUCUCCGGCAGAUACUGGACUUGUACGCCUUGGAACUCGAAGGAAGUAAUGGGUCAGAAAGAGACACAAAGUCGCUUGUUACAUCGGCAUACCUGGAUGAGAUUGAAAAGUUGGCUGUCAAUUGUGGUUUGAUCUAUAAGUCUGUCAUACUCGUGGCCCAGAAGGCUGGUGCCCGAGGGGGCUCAAAGGAAGACGACAACAAAGCUUCAAGCGUAGAGAACCUGAAGAAUGAGCUGCUCACCGGCCCCAUUCCUGACCCAGGCUCGAUCAAGUGGACCAAGCUCGUCAAGAUAGCCACGGCAUACGACCAACGGGAGUGGCUGGAACCUCGUUUCGAACGUCUCCAAGAGCAGUUGCAGUGGAUUAGGACGGGACUGCUGAUUCACCUACACAUCUUCAAACUCGCACUGCUACAGAAUGGAUCUGUCGAGCGCAAUACAGGCGCUUUCGAAAACGAGCUCAUCUACAGAAGCUCAAUCCAGCUGCUCCGACGAAGGCAGGUGAAGUUCACGAAGAAAGCUGCCAAGAAGCAGGAAAAGGCACAAAGACAAUGGGAGCUACGGAGGCAGGCGGAGAAAUCCGAGACCGCAUCAGUGGCGAGUGACGCGAGCUCGGUCAGGUCUUCAAUCACCACUAGCACGGUCGUCAACAGUGAGAACUUGCCCAACGGAGGGUCGGCAGUGGCUAAAAGUUUCGAGACCGUGGCUUCAGGCAAUAUGGGUCCUUUCCCGGAACACGAGGACGAACAGAAAAGCCACGUCGACGCGAAGCAAGGCGGGGCUAAGCAUUUGACUAGCGAUAAGGUGAAUGCCGUGGAAGCUCGCAAUGACAAGCGCAAGAUACCGCGGUCAUUUACCUGGGAUGGCCGUUUGACUUCUGACCUCCCUGCAUGGCUAUUUGAUGUCAAGCAACGAGUCUUCGGGUCAGACGAUAAGUUCAAGACCGAUUGGCCAAGUAACAGCCUCGAGGCUUGGAUAUUUCAUGACUCAACUCCUGGGAACGCCCACACCAGGCUGCCAUUUGGCCACAAGCGCCUACAGUACGGUCUGAGCAAAGUCCUGAAGGACGGAAAGAACAAGAGUUCGACAUGGAACCGCUAUCUCGAGAUGAGCAAUUUUAGACGCACCGGUCUCGAUCAUAUCGUUGAUGAAGCAAAUCGACAGCAAAGCCGUGAAAGGGUCUGCAUUGCGUUCCAGGAAUAUGGCAAGGGAUGGGCUGAAUCUUUCAUGGUGGUAUUCUUGUCAAUCCGCAAGGAGCCGAAGACCAUUUCUUUCAAGGACGCCAUAGGACGCCACUACACUCUUCCAUUCGAGACCUGUCGGAAAUGGGACUCCAUGAAAGAAACUCUCAUUCAGGCCUUCAAUCAUAUAGAUGGGAUCGGGCCCCAUGUUAUCGAAGGCCAUUUCGAUCUCCAAAAUUCCAACGGCGACGUCAUUCUCCCUCAUCUCUGGAACACUACAAUCAAGCCUGGUGAUGCCAUCACUAUGAGCAUGUGGCCUCCGAGCAUUCCCGUGCGUGGCUUCUACGGCCCGCCGCCAUUCGUUCCAACUCAUCUCAACGGGAGCGAAGCUGUGCAUGCGCGGAUGGCCAGGUUUCGCCAUUUACAGCAGUUGAGGAUGAAUGCGAUGAGACAGCAGGGACUCCUGGGGCCGCCACCCGUAUUCCCACCUCCCGGGCCAAGGCCGCCAAUGAUAUCUGGAGCUAGAGUUCCGCCGCCGCCACCUGGUACCCGCAGAAUCCGCCCGCGCGAGGUGGACAUCAUCAGCGUGAGCUCGGUGUCUGAGUACGACAUUAGCGAGAAGGAGGACCAGCAGCUGAUGUUUGUUGACUUUCUGGAGGAGCUCGAGAAGAGCGCCAGUGUCACUGUCGCUGACCUCCUCGGGAAGUUUACGACCAUGAAAGAUGUCACCCAUGAGGACAGCCUGGGCGACUUGCUGAACGCGGAUUCGGAGUAUGACUCGGACGGUUCCACGUCGACCAGUUCUUCAUCCGAGAUACUUGAUGAUUGAUGACGCAGUUGUCGGGCAAGCGAGGGACAGUAUCUCAAGUCAUUUUCGGCAAUUUAUUUCUUUUGUUCGCAACUGUCAUGAUAACGCUGCUUGAAUCCCAUUUAUCUCAUUCAACAGGGGCGUUUUCGCUGUAGGUUAGUCUCUUAGAAGAACUAUUCAGGUCGAGACUUUCAAGCGUAGCCCGCCCUAGGACCUUAACAACUCUUCAAUACAAUAUCAACGUUAUCACA